CACUCCAUACAUACCCCGACAGUGCACCGGACGUCCCGUCUUGAAGAUGUCGUUAUUCACACACCAUUGCAGGGAAUUACAAAUGCAGACAGGUUUAAUCUGACAUUCCGGAUACAAGGCCAGGGGGGGGUGCUGCUACAGUUGGAGCAGAACAGCGACAUCCUGCCACAAGAUGCUCAUAUCCAGUAUCUUGAUCGGAAUGGAGCUGUACAACGAGCGCAUCCACUUGACGAUGAUCGAACCAGGGUUCUCAAGGGCGAUGUUUGGGUGCAUUCCAACCAGACACAUCACAAGGCUGGCCGGGCAAGGGUAUAUAUGGUUCAAGAUGGGGGUCAUCCCUUGUUCAAAGGAUCACUUAGCCUCUUCCAACAGCAGUUUCAUGUCAAGUUGGUCUCGCCUACCGGUAGGAAUACUACUGCCUCAGGGCAAGAAAAAGAGAUGAUGCUGUUCGAGGAAACGAGCGAGCAAGAUCCACUACAUGGGGAUACAUCCCUCAUAGCAGACAGUCGAGCUAUUUUAUCUCCUCGCCAGUUCUCAUCAGGAUACGACUUCACUAACAGCAUCGGCAGCACAGCCGGAUGUCCCACCUCCAGGAGAGUCGCAUUGAUCGGCCUCGCAGCAGAUUGCUCCUUCCGAGCAGCGUUCAACUCCGCCGAGGAGACACGACGGGAGCUGAUAUCCAUGGUCAACGCGGCCUCGGAAGUAUUCGAACGGCGAUUUAAUGUCUCCCUUGGGAUCCGUAAUCUCACCAUCAGCGAUGAAACCUGCCCUGAGACCGGCUCCGACGCCACCCCGUGGAACGUGGGCUGUGCAUCCGGGGAUCUGGACUGGCGUCUACAGCAGUUCAGCACCUGGAGAGGUGCACAAGAUGCCACAAAUGCCUACUGGACCUUGAUGACCAACUGCCCGACUGGAAACGUGGUGGGUGUGUCCCUUGUCGGAGAACUCUGCAAUCCAAACAGAGGUGCCAAUGUCGUAGUGCGAACCUCGAAUCAAUGGCAGGUUUUUGCCCACGAAUCCGGACACAUAUUCGGGGCGAUCCAUGAUUGCGAAUCAACUACCUGCUCAUCCUCACCAGAACAAUGCUGUCCCCUUUCCCGAUCAACCUGCGAUGCAAACGGCCAGUACAUCAUGAACCCAUCCUCCACCCUCCAGCAAACCGAUUUCUCUCCCUGCAGUAUCGGCAAUAUCUGCUCCCUGAUGGAAUCCCAACGGGUUCGAACCGAUUGCCUCGUCAGCCCGAAUGCAGCACCCACAACAAUCACGGCCGGCGAGUGCGGGAACGGUAUCGUUGAGGCAGGCGAGGACUGCGACUGCGGUGACAACUGCGACGACAAUGCGUGCUGCAACGGCGAGACCUGCCAAUUCGCCACGGGAGCUGUCUGUGACGACGCAGCCGGACCAUGUUGCACCGGGUGCCAGUUCGCCAAUGCCAGCACUAUCUGCCGGCCUGGUACCGGACCCUGUGAUAUCCAGGAGACCUGCACGGGGCGGAACAGCGACUGUCCAGCGGAUCGACAUGUCUCGGAUGGGCAAUCUUGUGGUAACUCGUCCAGCUUGUUCUGCGCCAGUGGCGAAUGCACAAGCCGGGACCUCCAGUGCCGGGAUACAUUCAACGGACUUGGCACGGCGGUGUCUUCGUGUGAUGAUGCGUCGUGUCAGCUGUACUGUUCGGUUGAGUACGGAUCGGGAUCAUAUUGCAGGGACACGGGUCGGGAUGUCUUGGACGGUAUGCCGUGUCGGGGCGGGGUAUGCCAGGGAGGACGUUGUCAGAAUAGCCAGGAUAGUGGUUCGGGUGGAUCGUCGUGGUUCGAUCGGCAUCGUUCUCUGGUUAUUGGAAUAGUGGCUGGAGUAGGGGGUGGCUUACUCCUUGGCGUGGUGAUUGUUAUCCUCUGUGCUUGUUGUCGUCGUCGGGAACGUGUGACGAAGGAGAGUUUGGCGAGGGUGCCGAACACAUCAGCGGUUUCAAGCCCUCCUAUGAAUCAGACGGUGUACCAUGGACCGGAUCGAGGGGCAGGCUAA